UAAGCAAUGAGGUAAUCGGGGUAAACAGUAAAGAUGGCGACGUCUGUAGCUGGAGAGGGGCAAACAAGUCUAAAUGGGAUUAUUUCCGACCCCCAAACUAAAAAAUUGAUUGACUUGCCGACCGAGUUGCUCGAACAUAUCUUGUGCUUCCCUGUCCUCAAACAUGUCGACAUUUGUAACGUUUCUUGCUGCUGCAAGCGGCUACACGACGUUUGCCAUGGAAGGGGGAAGGUCUGGGGACAUCAAUACAAACUCAGAUGGCCAAGACUGCAGAGGUUUUACCGUCAGAAUGAGUGCUGUGACUGGCUCAGAGAAUACAAAACACGGCAUAGAGUUGGCAUACAAAUACGAAGGACCGUGGAAUCAAUCUCAAAGAGAUUCUUCACAGAAGUCCCUUGCGUUGGCCAGGUGCUGGGAGACAGCUUUGCAGAGAUUGAGUCACUUGGGAUGCCAGAGCACUUCUGUGAAGAUGAGCUCCUCUUCAUACUCAACUCCGACAAGAGGAAAAGCUUGACCUUGAAGUACUAUGCAAAAAAAAUCCUUUACUUCCUGAGACAGCAGAACAUCCUGAAGAGUUUGAAGACCUUCCUGGAGCAGCCUGCAGAGCAGCAGUCAGCUUUAGAGGGUGCUGUACUGGUGGAUCAGUAUUGUAACCCACUUGCUGAUGUGACACUCAACAGCAUAUCAGCUCAGCUGGAUGAGAUCGCGGAGAAAGUGAAAAAGAUGCUGAGAAUCAAGAACCCCUCUCACCCCAGCCUGCGUAUCGCUCAGGGUGACUGUUUUGUCGUAGAGGACUUUGAGCUCCAGAGGCAGGUGGUGUGUGCCCUAAACUCUGUCUUGUAUGAGCAGCUUCAAUACAAAGGCAACGAGUUUGACUACUACAACCCUCUCAACUCUUACAUCCACCAGGUGCUACUACGCCGUACAGGCAUUCCCAUAAGCCUCUCUGUCCUCUACAUGACAUUAGCCCGGAAGCUGGGUGUUCAGGUGGAACCUGUCAACUUUCCCAAUCACUUCCUGCUGCGCUGGUGCCAAAAACCAAGAGGGAGUGAGGACAUCUAUGACUUUGUCUACAUUGAUGCCUUUGGUAAAGGCAAACAGCUGACAGCCAAGGAGUGCGAGUACCUCAUUGGCCACCAGGUGACGGCAGAUUACUACAGUGCCAUCAGCACCACCGAGGUGCUGCUCAGGAUGGUGGGAAACCUGCUUAACAUCGGCAAAAGAGGGGAGGGCAAUGAGAAAUCCUACCAGUUGCUGAGAGACUCUCUGGACCUCUACCUCACUAUCAACCCAGAUAAUGUGCAGUACCUGCUGCUGCAGGCACGCCUCUACUUUCACCUGGGCAUCUGGCCAGAAAAGGUGCUAGACAUCCUGCAGCACAUUCAGGCGUUGGAUCCCUCCCAGCAUGGGGCAGUGGGUUACCUGGUGCAGCACACGCUGGAGCACAUCCAGCACAAGAAACAUCCUGUUACACCUGAGGUGAAGAAGCGUAGCGCUCCAGAACACCUGGAGGUCCAGUAUUCAGUCGGCCUCAUCAUGAAACACAAGAGGUCAGGCUAUAACUGUGUGAUCUACGGCUGGGACCCAAAGUGCACCAUGAGUCAGGAGUGGAUCACCACUAUGAGGGUCCACCAGCUGUCCAAUGGGGCCAACCAGCCUUUCUACAACGUCCUCGUGCAGGACGGAACAUGUCGCUACGCAGCGCAGGAGAACCUGGAGCCCCACUCAGCCCCCUUGGAGAUCGGACACCCGGAGGUGGGACGCUACUUCUCUGAAUUUACCGAUACCCAUUAUGCUGCCAACGAAGAACUGCAGACACGAUACCCAGAGGACAUGGUUGAAACUUUGGGCACGGUGCAGGAGCUUUACCACAGACUGACACCUGGCUCUGGGAACCAGGACCAGGCUCCUGCCCCAGACCAAAACAACCACCAAGCCAUGCUCAUGUAGCAAAGUAGCUGUGUCCAACACCUUGUUGACCCCGGCUAACCAAUUACUGGUCACCCAUUCUCAAUUCACAGUCCACUUAGCAGAGAGGUUUUCGUAAAAAAAAAAAACAGCCAGUAUACAGUAUUUUCAGAAACUGAUGAUGUGGUGUAACAAUGAUUCACAAAUGUGGUUUUGUACGACAGUUAGGUUCCUGUGCAGGUCUGGAAAGGUGCAGGAAAAGACCAAACAGUCUGGAAACAUGCAGUACAGAUUGUUUCUGUUUCGAUACCUAAAUGUAUUAGUUGUGAAAACAAAGCUCAAAUUAUGGAGUGAUCGUCGACGGUCAUUAUCCAGGAUGCAGGAUCUUCAAAUCCAGGAUGCAGGAUCUUCAAAUCCAGGAUGCAGGAUCUUCAAAUCCAGUCACGAAGUUGAGUUUGGAAAAAGUAUGGAAACCCAAAAUGAAGCAUACAGUAAUUAGACACCUUGAAGAAAAGAGAAUACAGACUUGAAGUAAACAGUUAAGUGGAUGAGUAAGUUGAGGAUGGGUAUCCAGGUGUUGUAAAUCUCCCUUUUACCUAAAACCAAGGAAUGCUCCUUUACCCAGAGCUCCCCACCCCCGGACCACACCUCCCCGCACCCAGCACCAGUCAAACAAGCCCCCAGAAUAUAGUCCAAACCCCCCGUUACAGUGCCACACAAGACUAUAAAGAAAAGACUUUGUAAACUGACUUUUACUUUUAAUUCCCCAUCUUUUAAUCAAAUUUCAUGCACUUAUAUGGUUUCACAUUUCACUUUCACAUUUAUAGAUGGUCUUGUUUUUUCCCCCCCCUGUAUAUUUACAAAUGAAACAUGUAGGAUGCCAUGGCUCAUCAGUUGAGCUGUUAAUGGGGGGGAAAAAAAACUAAAGAAGAAACAAUAAGAACACCGCUGACUUGAAACAGAUGAAUUACAAAAAAAAAAAUAAAGCGUGUCAAGUUUUUUUUUUCUA